CGAGGAAUCUCAGCUAGUUCCUAUAUAAAUUCUAGUUUUCUCAUCAAACAACUUCUGAAAAAAAAAUUUCACUCUAAAAAAUUUUUCCAAUAAUCAACGUUAAGCACUGAUUCAAAAGUAAACAUGUAUCGCAGAGCAAUCUGAUUCAUACGGAGCGAAUUCGAUGAAAUUCAAUAAGCUAUUCAAUACGCAACUCAUUUUCUUUCUUUCACAAGUAAAGAAAGUAGAUAGAUAAUGGAACUAUAAUUCGUAAUUAAAGUGUCAUUAUUGCCUUGGCCAGAAGAACAAGGAAUCACCUGAAAGAAUUUGUUUGCCAUGAACAUUUCAAAGGUUAAAACGCACUCAGCAAUCUUUUGGAGUGAAUGGAUCUUGGCUAAUGGACAUUCUGUUGCAUGGGCAGAAAUUUGCCAGAUCAAAUCAAUUAAGUUUGGCAAAAUAUGAAAGUUAUAUAUCGUAGCGUGAGCAAGAUCCGACGCCAAGGAUCAUUCCUUUCUUGGAUCACUUCCAGUUCCAUCCAUGCGGUUGCAACUUUCACUAAAUUUGCCAAAUCUACAGGAAUCACGUCUCUUCUGAAAAUAAUUAUAUCUCUUACAUUGAUCUCAGUUAUCUUUCCCAUACUUGCCACGUCGUUUCUUCUCUUUACAACGUAUAAAUAUACAGUUCAGGAACUCUUAAGUUGGUUAUAUCCUGAAGAUGAAUUAAAAAUUAUAUGGAGUGUACCUCUAAGAAGUGUUUUUGAUUGGCAGAAUGAUAAGGGCUUUGCUACUUUUCUGGCUAUUGUUGAUGGUUCUCUCGACGUGAAAAAAAUAAAGAGAUUAACUGUGGAAAUGAUUGAUAAUUUGAAUCAUUUUUCGAAUAUUAAAAGAGCUAUUGGCACUAAAUUUGGGUGUUACGUAUGGAAAAAGUUGGAUAAUGAAUUUAACAUUGAUAAUCAAAUACUUUUAUCAACUGGGAAGUGGAAAGGCAAGUCACUAAAUGAAGAUCUCUUACAUAAUUACCUCAAUGAGUUAUAUAUGUAUGGACUACCAACAAAAAAUCCUCCGUGGCAAAUUAUUAUAGUUCCUCUAUCUGAAAAUGCAUCGUAUGCCAUUAUAAUACGCCAUCAUUUUAUAUUAUCAACUUAUUUCAAUGAAUUUAUUAAGCAAUUAUUUUGUAAAGAACAAAUUAAUUUGCAAACUAUUCACCCCACAUCAUCUACCAUUUUCACUACACAAAUUGCUUUGACAUUUUUGACACUGUUGGACUUGGUUCAUCACUUCACAGAAGUACCUAUUUAUUUCUUAAAAGAAAUAAUGACUUCUAAAAUUCAGUAUCAUAAACAAAGAAUAUCUGGCAAGAAAUCCAUCUCAUGGACAGAGAAUCUGAACUUGGAAUUUGUUAACAAAAUAGCAGAACAAUCUCUAGUCAAACCUAAAGAUGUUUUAUUGUUCGGUAUUGCUGGUGCUCUGAGGAGAUAUUACAGUGUGAUGGAAGGUUAUAUCCCAGAUUAUCUAUUCAGUAUGGUGAUGCACGAAUCAGAUAUGAAUAAGUUUGAUGUAUGUGAAUUCUCACCUGUAAUGCUUCCGCUUGCAACUCUUGAUAUAAAAUGUCGUCUCUUAAAAUUAAUUACACAAUCAAAGUCAUUAAAGAACACACAGUUAACUUCAAGAAUAACAAGUGUGCUUUUGAAUUAUGUGAACAGGUUACUACCUCAAUUCUUGGUGGACAGUUUUGUAGAAUCUGUUACAAAGAAAUAUUCUUUGAUAGUAAAUGAUAUGCAUGUAUUGUCUUGUGUCAAGACAUUAUGGAAUGAUGAUGUUAGAAUGAUUCAUUAUUGGAAGAUGCCUAUCAAGCAUAUUGGUGUAUCAUUGUCAUUAAUGUAUAUGCCACAGUAUGUUUCAUUAUCAGCAAUCACAGAUUCAAGCUCAAUGCAACGUCCAGAUCUAUUAAUGGCAUAUUUUAUGCGUGAAAUAAAUGAUUUUGCCAUUCAUUUAAAAAUCCGGACAGAGAGACGACACUCACCUGUAAGUGAAAUUCAUUCAAGGAGAAAUCAUCUGUAUCAUGAUAAUUUAUAAAAAUUAUUAUUUCAAAAAAAUAAAAAUAGUCAUUAUUAAUAUAGUUGUCAUCCUUAGUUAUUAUUAUAAGUGUAUUCAUCAAUUUUUUUAGAUAAGAAAUAUGGAAGACAAUAACCCAUAUACUAUUGUAUGUUUAAAUUAAUUUUGACUAAAUAUAACAAAUACAAAAAUUGUUAUUAGUGUGACUCCCUCAAAAGAACAAUUUUUAUUAAAAUCUAUGUUUGAAUUAUGGCUUGAAAUACAAUCUAGUGAACUAGGAACAUUAACACACACUGUAACCAGAUUAACAUAUAGAAUCAACAAUAAUGUACAGAAUUAUUACUAAAAAUUAAAUACUCCUAUUAUAUGAAUCUUUUAUAUAUUUUAUUAAUAUAUUUGAUUAGAAGUUCUAAUAAAUUCUACAUUUAUUAUUAAAAAAUUAUAAAUUAGUAUCACAUUUUAUGAUAAAAAAAAAUCUGCAAAAUUAAAUGUGCAUAUCUGUUUUUUACUGUUUCCAUCCUGUGGACACUAAAAGGAAUUUUUAAUCAUACUGUCAUAAGUUCAGGCCAGGCCCAAAAUGGGAGUGGCAGAAUAUUAAGAAAUAGGACCCCAGAAUACUGUUCCAUGAAAAAUUCCCAGGAGUUAUUGACAUCUCUGAUUCAAUUCCUGUCCCUUCAGAAUAGUAAGCAGAUGUUGUUUUUAAUGAUUUUAAUAGUAUAUAGUAGCCUACAAUAGAUUAUUAAAAAUUACUAAAAGUCAGCUGAAAUAUUUUAAUUAAAUAGUAGUAACUGAUCU